GGGAUCUAAUUGUGGGUGUUGGUAAGGAUCACACUUCUUGUCAGAUAUAUGGAUGAAUUAACUUCACGAGCCUUUAUAAACCAGGGGACCACAAUAGAAGACUACAAACAUUGAAUGCAGGGUUCUGUUGGCCUUCUCAUUUGCGAGGUUGCAUGGUCCGAGUUUCCAGAUUAUAUAGGCUACUUGCUCUGCCCAUCUGGGAGGCAUUUGGUUCAGCGGCCUGCUCAUACACAAUGGGAUUUAAUUGUGUAUGCUGCUGCCGGUCACAGAUUUGCAACCUUUUUAAUGGGUCUCCCUUGUAUGGUGUGUUCUGUUGGUUUCCUUAUGUCUGAGUAUUGAUAUUUGGUUGAGAUAGGUGAAUUGUGCUUAUUAAAGGUUUGAGGACAGGGAUCUUUUAUUAACGGUUUGAGCACUAUUUUUGGUAAUUAUUAUGUUCCAUUGCACCCUUUUCUAUUGCUUGUUUCUGUAUUGGAAUACUAAAUAUGAAAGUU